AUGAGCAACACUGAGAUCAACUCAAAGAAUUCGGAGUUUACGCCCAUAGGGUAUCUAUCAAAUAAACGCCGGAAACUAUCAAACGACAAGGAUGCAUUGAAAUCACCCUCUUCAAAAUAUGCUGCUGACGUCAAUGAGGAUGCCGAGUUAAGUUUUGAUGAGAAUCUGGAGGACCUAGAGGAAGAUGAUUCACCGUCAAGGAAAGUACCUCGGGCUGUAGAUGAUGAUACAAUGAACUCUAAUAAUCUUUUCACUGAAAAUUCACAAUUCGAGAAUGAUUCUUUACCUGAGAUACCUGAUGUUACAAAGACAAAUAGUACUGCUACUACUACUACUAAUAACGGUAGUGGUUACAAUGUAGAACAAUAUCCAAAGAACUUAUUAUCGAAUUUGAAUAAUGCUACCAUGUCUGAACCUAUUAAAGAACAACAAGAGAUGACGAAACUGUUAUUAUCAGGUAAAAGAUUAUCUAACGCACAGAUAAAUUUUUUCUUGCAAUACUUGAAGAGUAACAACGUGUUGGGAAAUAAUAAUAAUAAUAGUAACCCAAGUGGUUCAUCAAAUGGAGAUUAUAAAGCCGACCAAGAAAGGUACAACGCAUUAUAUGACGAUUAUCAAGUAUUACAAAGGAAAUAUUCAGAUCUUGCUGAUAGUAAUACUCAUAUGAAUGAUGACAAUGAAGAUGACGACACAAACAAUAUAGAAGCUCCUGAUCAUAGUGAAUGUGAACUUAAACAGAAACAAUUGGAAGAUAAGAUAGAAGGUUACAAGAAAGAAUUAUCCAUCUUAAAAGAACAACACCAAAAAAAGAUUCAAGAAUUAAAGAAAAAGAAUGAAAAAUUGAAUACCGAUAUUGAAACACAACGUGCUACCACAGAAGAUCAAAAAUUGGAUAAUGAUAGUAAUUUAAGAAAAUUAAGAGAAACAAUUAAUAAACUUGAGGAUGAUGCUCAAUCAUUGGAGAGAAAAUAUAAGGCAAAGAUUAACGAUUUAGAGAAUCAACUAUUGGAUUUAAGAAACGGACAAAAACAUUCUAUAACUGAGUUGGAGAAUCAAUUACAUUCUAAGGACCUGAAGAUAUCAAGUUUUGAAGCUCAAAUUAAAGAUUUAACAGAACAAAAAGAUAUAACAUCACAUAAACUAACCACAGUGACAAAAGAAUUAGAUGGAAAAACACAAGAAUUUGACCAAUAUAAAUCGCAAGUGAACAAAAAAAUCUCUAAUGAGCAAAUAAAUGACAAAGAAAUACAUGACAAUACUCAAAAGACAAUUCAAAAAUAUGAAAAGGAGGUCGAAACGUUAUCUAAAACAAAAUAUGAUAUCGAAAAAGAAUUACAAGACUAUAAAGAAAAAUUGGAUAAAACAGAGAGAAAUCUAAGUGCAUUCAAGGAAAAACAUUCUAUGGAGGUAAAAUAUUUACAUGAAUCACUUGACAAACUAAAUGAAGAUUCUAAGAAGACUUCGAUAACUAUAAAAACGUUGAAGGAACAAAUAUCGGACAAAGAUAAUGAAAUAUCUCAAAAUGUCUAUAUGAUCAAAAGACUCAAAGAAAAGAUCAAUUCAACUGAGGAGCAGACUACCGUCGUGAGAUCUACAAACCUACAGAAUGAACUUGAUGAUAAAUCAGAAGAAAUUAACCAAUUGCAAACACGCGUCAAUCAAUUAGAAAUAUCAAGAAAAGAUCAAAUACAAGAAUUAAAGAUGGCAAAUGCCAAAUUAUCCAUUUUAAAUGAAAAGGUUACAGAUGCCGAAGAUGAACUCAAAUCUACUCAAGAAGUACUAAAAUCUAUGGAACGAGAAGCAAAGGAGAAGCAAUGUAACUUAGACGAGGCUAAUAAAUUGGUGGAAACAUUACAAAAAAGUUUACACUCUUCAUCUAAUGAUAAGGAGUCGAAUUUUACAGACUUGAGACAAAAAUUAAAAGAACAAGAAGAAAAAUUGAAACGUGCUGAAGUUAAAAAUAAAGAAUUAUCCGAACAAAUCAUUCAAAAUACCGUAGAUUCAAUAAAGAAUGUGAAUAGUGACUUAGAGGAGAAAAAUGAUCAUAUUAAAGGUCUAGAAAAUAAUGCAAAUUUUUACAAACAAAUGUUAAAGACUUUGGAAGAGAAGGUUGAAAAUUACGAGAAUUUAUUAGAAGAAUUGAAGGAUCAUCGUAACGAUGGAACAACUGACCAAAAAGAUGAAAUUAAAAGGUUGAAUCGAAUGUUACAGACAAGAAGCAAGGAAUUGCAUAAAUUAGACAUUCAAAUGGUUAGCCUUAAGAAUACUAAUCAACUAUUACAAAAGAAAUUGGUUGAAAAUUCAGUACAUAUGGAGACAUUAAAUGAGCAAGAUAAACAAAUCAAUAAUUUGGAACUAAAUGUAGAAAAGUUAAAGAGGGAAUGUCAUGAACUCAAGAAAAUGAAUAAAGAACAAAUUGACCAAAUUGAGGAUCUUCUGAAACAAAGAAAGUUGGUUAAUGAAAAUUAUAAUAUCAUAAAUAAUUUGAAUACCGAAUAUAAGAACGAACUGGAGGCAACUAAAGGAGAGUAUAUAAGCAGAGAACAUAACCUGAAGGAGAGAAUACUUGAUUUGGAGAGUAGCAAUAUGAAGUUGAAUGAAGCCUUAAACAGAGAGCAAGUAUCUAAUGAAUCUCGUUCCAGAGAUACAGAUCUACGUGAUUAUUAUCGUUUGAAAUAUCACAGAGAAGUGCGCCAUAACAAUGAUCUCCGGAUGAUCAAUUAUUACUUGACUCGUGUUUCUCAAAGAACAAGUACACAAAUGAAAAUGGAUUAUCGAAAAUAUAACAGAAUUCUAUCGGAUUCCAGAAAAUUUGAAGAAUCAUUAAAUGAUUAUGAUUACAUAGAGCAACCACGAUUUGAUCCAGGAUUGAGAUAUAAUUAUAAAAAUUCAUCAAAUACAAACUCAAGGAACGACAUAAGGCCGGAGCCCUCUAGAUAUGCGGACAAUUCAAGUCCCUUGUAUUUUAAUUCACCAAGAUUGAAAUUCAAAACAUUAGCGAAGUUCGUUCAGGCCUGUGUCAGAAUGAAACAGGUUGCGUUAAAGAACCAUUGGGAUGAACAAAGAAUAAGACAUUUAGAAAGACGUAUCGAUUCAUCAGAUAACAGUACCAAUUGGACCUUGUAA